CGAUCAUCCCAUCCCCCUCCUACCCCUCCAUCUCACACCAUGAAGACUAGACAAACCCGUCAGAAACGGCGUCACAGCUCGUAUACGGAGUCUAAUGGGGAUACGGGCCGGACGGCUGGGAUCCAAACCCCCUGUCGAACCCCUCGUCGGUCGUCCAAGAGGGUCCGUUUCUCUGAUCCCCGCCCUCAAGUCCACGAUGAGCCGGACAUGUCCACAGGCCUUACUCCAGCCCUGUAUCGGACGUCGUUUGACGAAUCGAUGGGCGGGGGAGCUGGUCCACGGACCCCCAGUCGACGACGCUCGACUCCCCUGCCGCGCUCCCGUCGCUGGCUGGAUCCGCUCGCGCCCGGGGACGGUUCCUCGCCGGACAGAGUGGUGCAGUUUGCGCCGCUGCGGCAGAUACUGACCCCGAGGACGCAGCGUCAAAUCCGGCGAGUCGGACUCAGCGAGGAAAUCAACCAUAUAGAACGGGAGAAGAGGGAUGCGGCCCAGUAUCAGAAGAUGGUGCAGACCCUGCGGCAGGAAAGGGACUCCCUCAAGCAAGAGCUCGCGCGGGCGCAGACCCGAGACACGCCGGACAGUCAAUCCGCGGGUGAAGACACGACAUGGAUGCUUCCUCGGGCGCAAAUCGAGCAUCUACAAUCGGAGAAUACCCGUCUGAGGGAGGAGAUCUCCUUUUCCUCCGCCCGAAACUACGAUCAACGAGCGACGACGCCGAGCGAGACAGACACUGUCCUCAUCAACGACACUGCAUUUGAAGGAACCAUGCUUGUGUCUGACUCCCCAGAUAUGCGUGGAAUUGAUGGUCUCCAGCUUCCCACCCCGGACGAUUAUUCUCUUCGUGAUCAGCCUUCGCCUAAUUACACGCAGGACGCGGAGCUUCUGGCGCUGUCCCUUGACCUGGAAUCUGCCAAGAAGGAGAAACGCGAUCUGUUUGAAGCCUGUCGCUCGCGCCUAUCGGCCUUGAAUGGAACCCCGAUUGCGCGUCAUCUCCAGCAGCCGUCUCCCCCACCGGAGUUCCUCGAUUCCAUCGUGCCCACUCUGACGGAGGCGCUCUCCCGAGCAUCAGAUGCUGCCUCGGCCCUGGAUUCGGUCAAGGAGGAAGUCGCCAACCUGGGUUUUUCUGGGGAUAGCGCUCACGACAUGAUCGCCGAGAUGCGGGAUCGCUUCCGGUCGGCCCGUCUCGGUCUGGAGCGCGCAAUCCCCGGAGAAACCCCCGGUGGUCUACAUGACGGCAACGCCACGCUUGGAGCAUUGGUGAAACGAGUUGAGGUGCUCGUAGAGAGCCUCGAUGACGAGCAAUGCCUCCGCGAGGGGUCUAUCGAUCGGGAACGGGCGCUGCGGGGACAGUUCGACGACUUGCUCGCGCGAUACGAGACCGCGUCGCGGAAGAUUCGCGAGCUCGAGGAGUCCACCGCCGCAUCGGCCGGGGACAUGCUGCACACGCGCAUGCGGAUGCAGGAGCUCGAGCGCGAAGGCCAGGAACAAACCGUUGGGAUCGAUCGACUCAACGAGGCGCUCCAGAAAUAUCGCGACGAAGUCAAAGGUCUGGAGUCGCUUGUGACCGAGCUAGAAGAGGACAAGCGCGUCUCCAAUGACAUGCACAAGAAAGAAGUCGCCCGCUUGGAACAGCGGGCGGUUACUGCCGAGACCACCAUGGCAGAACGCGAAGCACACAUUCAACAGCUGGAAGACACCGUCGAACAGAACCGCAUCCGUGCCUGCGACCUAACCGCCAAAGUGGAGCAGCUCGAGAAGGAUCACCAGAGCGCGAUGGAGACCUUAGAGCAACGCACGGCUCAACAGCUACACAGCGACCAGGAGAUUGGACGCAUGAACGUGCGGGUCUCCGAGCUCACCACCCAGCUGGAAGCAGCCCAAGCCGAAACCGCCAAGCUCCACCGCCACAACGCAGGCCUGGAAGACCAGUUGCGCACGGAAACAGACGCAAGGGACCAUCUGCUCGACCAGUGGGCCGCGGACCAAGCGCGAUCCUUCGCAUACAUGAAGGAGACGAUCAGCAACCAGCGCCGGAGCGCCCGGGCGCGUGCCGCAAACUGGGAGAUGAAAUCGGACGAGCUGCAGUCUAGUCCCACCGCGCGCAGCGAUCCCCUUACGCCCAUCAGCGCGACCCGGUUUGUGGAUGUGGAGGUUGGUCGGGGGAAACACCGUCGACGACUGGAUAGUGGGAUCGGGAUCUUGACUGACGAGAUGACUGGCAGUGAUGAUGGGGCGAUUUUGCCGUCUGAUCCGGCGGAUCUGUGA